AACAAACUGUGAUCAAGGCAUCCUGACUGAGCACCAGGACUCCUCGGCAAAGACCUGGACCCCAGCUCUGAGUGCAGAAUGACAGAGUCAAGCUUGCAUAUCAGUGGGGGAGCCGUCAGAUUUGGAGCCACCUAUGGAGGCAACCGUCUGUUCUCCGGAGCCAGGGGCAGUGGAGGUGUUAGCUCGGCUCUGUCCCGUUCACUUGGCUUGGCGAGAGGGGGUGGAGCAGGAGCUGGUCUCGGGCUGGGAGGAGGUUUGGGUGUAGGUUUUGGGGCUGGAGCUGGUGCAGGAGCAGGACUGGGCCUCGGCGGCAGUGCUCUUGCUCUCGGUGGAGGCUUUGGCCUGGGAGCCGGCGGUGCCAGAGCAGCAGGGAUCAGGGCUGGUGUGGCUCCGCUGAGAGCCCAUCUAGGGGGCCGAGUAUUUAAAAUCGGAGGCUAUGGUUUCAACCCAUCCUUCAUCAGCUCUAACACUACAGUGGACGCGGGUACCGCUCCAAUGCCCAGAAUCGACCCAACACUCCCAUCACUGGACACAGUGCAGGUCAUACGCAUGAAAGAAAAGGAGGAGCUGCAGGCCCUCAAUGAUAAAUUUGCAUCUUUCAUUGAUAAGGCCAGGUCUCUGGAGCAGCACAAUGCAGUACUAAAAGCCAAAAUUUCCAUGUUUACUAACCCAGAGCAGGGUGGACCUGCCAGCACUUCCAUCCUUCUGACCUCUGCCAUCGGAACGUAUAAAUCCCAGAUCGACAGCCUCACUUCUACUAAAGAGGCCAUCAUUGCUGAGAUUGAGCACUAUAAAGGCAUUAUUGAGGAUGUUCAGGCCAGGUAUGAUGAGGAAACUGCUCAAACCAAAACUCUGGAGCUUGACUGGACUGCGCUGAAAGAGGAAGUGGAUAAUCUAUACCUUACCAUCUUUGAGUUGCAAACCAGCAUCGGUGGUUUGGAGGAUCAGAUUGCUCUCUCCAAGCAGGUGUAUGACGCUAAAGUGAAAGAGGUGAGAAACAUUGUGACUGGUGGUGUGAAGUCAGCAGUGUCUAUCUCAGUGGAUAACGCAGCCCAAGCACAGGAUCUGACCUCAGCGCUGACUGAAGUCAAAGCUCACUAUGAAGCCCUGGCUCAACGCAGCAAGCAGGACGCCCUCCUCUCAGUGCAGGACAGUCUUUCCAUGAUGUCUGUAUCCUCUCACCCCACUUCUCAAACACUCACCUCAGCCAAGGAAGAGCUCAGGGUUUACAAACUACAGAUUGACUCUGUGCAGAGGGAGAUCGAGAGGCUCAAAUCUCUGAACUUGCAGUUGGAGUCUCAGGUGGAGGAGGCAGAAGUUCACUCCAGCUCCCACACAGAAACAUACCAGGAUCAGGUUCUUACUCUUAAAUCCCAGCUUGAUGAUCUCAGAAAGCAAAUUGCUCAUUACGGUCAAGAAUAUCAGGAGCUUCUCGCCAGCAAGAUGUCGCUGGAUGUUGAAAUCACAGCCUAUAAGAAACUCCUGGACAGUGAAGAGAACAGGUUGAAAUCUGGAGGUGGUGUCACGGUGCACAUGUCUAAGACUGUAGUCGGAGGAGGAGCAGCGGCUGGAGGAGGAGGUCUAGGCCUGGGUGCAGGAGGUGCAGGCUUGGGUGGAGGUGCCGGUCUAGGUCUUGGAGGUGGAUUUGGGCUGGGCGGAGGCCUAGGAGGUGGUCUUGGGGGUCUAGGACUGGGACUCGGUGGAGGACUGGGCUUUGGAGCAGGUGCAGGAAGUUCCUUCAGCGCAGGGAGCAGUUACAUGUCCUCCAGCCUGAGCAGCAGUGCCUUGUCAUCCACUGUUUACUGAAGAUUCACAACCUCCACUCUUCAAGCCACAACAGAAUGCUGAGCUUCCACAUAUGGGUCAGCGAGGACGCUUCAUGAAGUUCACCCCCCAUAAGUUCACACAUUAUUACCGCACCAUCAUGUUCAUUUAAAAUAAAAUGAUGCUCGAUGAGGCUCCAAAUUCUGUAGUAUUUUGAAAACCAGAUCAAAAUGUCUGUAUUGGAUUUCCAUGCAUCACUUCCUGCUACAACAAUAAUAAAAAAUAAAAAUUUUGGUUAUUAAUGAG